AUGGCAAAACAAUAUGUUGGUGACCCCCUACAAUGUUGGUUACCCGCAGAAUAUACUGGAGCUUGGGAAUCUUAUAUAGAAAAUUAUUGUUUUGUGGAAAAUACUUAUUAUAUUGCACAGAAUCAGAGCAGCAAAUUGCUCUCACCAGAGAACAGACAAGCUCGUCGCAAAUACGAACUUCGUUACUACCAAUGGAUCCCUUACAUUCUAGCAUUGCAAGCAUUGCUGUGUUUUGCUCCAAAAAUGAUUUUUAAAAUUUUGUGUUCUUUUAGUGCCCAAUCUUCCAAUUAUUAUUUAACUGCAAUUUAUUUGUUAAUGAAAAUUUUAAUGUUUUUAUCAAUUUUAAUUCAAUUAAUUUUAAUUAAUUUAUUUUUGGGAACGUGGGAUUUAUUUUGGGGAUUUAAUAUUUUAUGGCAAAUUGUUGUUGAUGGGGUUACUUUCUGUGAUUUACAAACUCGAGAUAUUGGCCAAUACAGGGAACACACAGUUCAAUGUGUUCUUAUGAUUAAUAUGUUCGCCGAAAAGAUUUUUAUAUUUUUAUGGCUCUGGUUUUUCCUUUUACUUUUUAUUUUACCCUUAAAUAUUUCUUUGUGGAUAUACAGAAUAUUUUCUAUGAAAAGUAAUGAAGAAAUGAUUGUUGAUGCACUCAAGGCAAUUUAA